AUGCUCUCCCAGUUGAGUCUAGCAGCUCUCCCAGGUGAAUCCUUGCAGCUCUCCCAGCACGUGGGUGACCUUGGCAACAUCGAGGUGGAGGAAGACGAGCUGGAGGGCUACAUCGUCAGCGACAACCACGUGGCCUUCAAUGGCAGCUCCAUCAUCGGCAAGGCCAUAGUGGUCCACGCAGGGCAGGAUGACCUAGGCCUUGGUGGGAACGCAGGAAGUUUAACCACGGGUAACGCAGGAGGUCGCCUCGCCUGCUGUAACAUAAAACGAGAUCGUGACUUCUUCUUCAGGUUUAAGGGCUGAGUGUCUAAAGGGUUGUCUCUAUGGUUCAGCCCUUUUUACCCGUUCAAGGGCUGAAUGUCCAGGAAUCCUGAUCAAGAUUGUUUUAACUGCAGGUUCAAGGCUGAGUAGUGGUCCUGAAAGUUUUGUGUAUUGUGUGUGAAUUUUCAACCACUUGGGACCAGAUCUUACCAUACUUAGUUUUACCUGACUCAAUAAGAUACAUGAUUAUUCUGUUGUAUAUUAAAUAAACUGGUAUAUAAUGUUUUGUGUCCAAAACUCUUUAGUUUUUCCAAACUAUUUUGAAUAAGCUGCGGUGGGUUUUUUGUUUUUGUUUCUGUUUUUUUUACAUGAUAAGAAACAGUUUGCGAACAUUUGACAGUUUGUUCCUGGCUUCCACAAUUUCAUUUUGGUACUGAAUAAAAUAACUGUAUACAUUAGUCAAUGUAUUAUUGCAUAUAAUAUAAUCCACAAUAUAUACUCUGCUAUAUCAAUAUUUUUCAAUAUAUACACACAUACAUUCCUGUUGAGAUAUAAGGCUUUUAUACUGGUUGUUAAUGAGACACAUCAGCUUCUUGUUGGUGCUUAAGAGUUGUGUUGUAAGAAGGUAAGGCCUGGUGGGCCAUGUACCUUACAGUGCUAAUUAUUAACAACAACAACGAUUGACUGCUGAAAAUAACACGUUAUUUAGAACGCUGUAAAUAUACUUGCAGUGAUAAGUUUGUUUUCCUCUAUUAUAAAAAUUUGUUUGGUUUCAUUAUUCUUAAGGAAUUGUGAAGGUGAAGGUUUACAAUAUCAUCUCACAAAAUACACAGAUUCUAAAAGAC